AUGGGAAAUCCAUCCCUGGAUGAUGUCCCGGACUUAGUAAUACUUGACAGAUGGAACUCUGCUGAUGAUCCAAUUGUUGAUUCAUUUCACAAACUAGAAGAUAAAGGCAAAAAGCAGCACCAGGAUUUUCAGAAGGAUGACGCUGAAAAUUGUGCGCGUAAUAUCUAUGAUACUAACGGAAAGAACUUCCGUGCUCUUUUCAGCAGCCCACAACCCACGGCAAAGACAAAAAUACAAGUGCAUGAUGGUGCCAUCAUUAUUCAUUAUUUGCUGGCACGUGUACAUUUUGAUAACUAUGCACAUUUCACAUUAUCCUCACAUUAA